UUUUUCAGAACAAAAAAAUGAAGAAUAUGUGCCUAAGUUAGAAAUCAAUGGAGGAGAAUCACAAGAGAGCACCAGACUUCAACUCGUCUUCUUCUUCUUCUUCUGCCAUGGCAGCGACAUUUUCUGAUGAUGUUCUGAUCAACCAAGCUUCUUUCUCCACCUUCUUCGAUACGUCACCGUUUGGGUCCUACGAUCAACGUCAUCCUCAUCAUCAACCUGAGGACAAGACCAGCAAUUGUAAUUCCUUUGGGUUCAUGGACAUGCUGGGUGUCCAAGAUUACGGUACUCCCUCUUUGUUCGAUUGGCUUCCGGCCGCCACUACCACGGCAUCGUCCGUCGCAGCUGAUGUAGCCCACCAGUCCUCCUUCCCGUCACCGGCGAGCUCAGGUGGGGUGCUGAACACUCCGGCCUCCCCGAAUUCCUCCUCGCUUUCGUCCUCGUCCAACGACGGCGCCGCCCCCGCCAGCGGCCACGGCAGUAUGGAGGAAGAACAGCAGAGUUGCAAAGCAGAGGAUGAAGAUGUGGACGACGGAGGAAGAGGAGGCGACCAAGGACAAGACAAAUCUAAGGAACUGGUGAAACCAAAAAAGAAGAAGCAAAAGAAGGAAAGAGAGCCAAGAUUUGCGUUCAUGACGAAAAGCGAAGUUGAUCACCUCGACGAUGGCUAUAGGUGGCGUAAGUACGGCCAGAAAGCUGUCAAGAACAGCCCUUUUCCCAGGAGCUAUUAUCGAUGCACGACGGUUGGUUGCGGCGUGAAGAAGAGGGUGGAGCGGUCGUCGGAGGACCCUACCAUCGUGGUGACGACGUACGAGGGGCAGCACAAGCACCCAAGUCCGGCGGCGGCGGCGACUCGGUCCGGCCUUGUAGGGUACGGUGGUGGUUUUGGUUUUCCACAGCAUUAUGAUCAUCGUCAGUUCCAGCAGCAGAGCAUGAAUAACGUGUCGUCCUCUUCUUCAUCGCCAUUGUUGUACAACUCAAGUUCAUCCAUAUUGAACAGUAUUGGAUCUGGCAGCUACAUGAAUAUGAACUCAUCGACGAGGACAACGUCGUUUCUGAGCUCGUACCAUAACGGUAACAGAUCAGCAGGUUUUGGGGGACUAGGGUCUAGAAUGGAUGAAGGUAGUUUGUUAAGAGACAAUGGACUUCUUCAGGACAUUUUCGUACCAUCGCAGGUGAUGAUGAACAAGGAUGAAAAGCAGUGAUAUAAUAAACUAGGUAGCUAAAUUUGUUAUAUAUAUAAUUCAUAUAUAUUUUGGUUAAUGCAUGUAUCAAUUUGUAACAGUACUCUCUGGAAUGUCUGAUUAAUUAUAUAUAUGGAAGGACUAAUUAGAUUUUGAUUA